GCUUUCCGGUCCGGUGGGAGGAGGUGACGUCGGGAGCGAUGGUGGACUGGGUCUCCUGUAACCCUGGGGACGUUUUAUCUGCGGGCCUUCGGAUUGCGUCACAAGCCCGCGACUAAGCCUUGGCGGUGGUGGCCGAGGCAGCGAAGGCGGCAGCGGCGGCGACAGCUCUGGGGUUUGCGUCUCGGGUUGUGUCGGCCGCCGCUGUUGCUCGGGCCUGGUAUGUACAAAUGGCUGGUUAGAAUUCUCGGCACCAUUUUCCGUUUUUGUGACCGGCCGGUGCCCCCUGCCCGGGCCCUCCUGAAGAGGCGGCGCUCGAACAGCAGUCUAUUUUCUGCAGUGGACACUGAUGAAAUACCAGCCAAAAGACCACGAUUAGAUUGCUUUAUUCACCAAGUGAAGAACAGUCUCUACAAUGCUGCCAGCUUACUUGGAUUCCCAUUCCAGCUGACCACCAAGCCCAGGGUUACUUCUGCUUGUAAUGGAACACGGGAUGUGGCUCCUUCAGAAGAGGUAUUUUCGAGCUCUUCGUCUGGUGGACUGACAGGUUCUGGAUCCUGGAACAACAUGCUGAAACUGGGUAGUAAGUCUCCUGAUGGAAUAAGUGACUAUCCAAAGAUCCGAGUGACAGUAACCCGAGACCAGCCACGCAGAGUCCUGCCUUCCUUUGGUUUUACCUUGAACUCAGAAGGCUGUAGUAGAAGACCAGGUGGCCGUCGCCAUGGCAGAGGCAAUCCAGAGGGUCCCUUAACGUGGAAACCUCGGGAACAAGCUAUCACAGAGAUGAUUUCCGAAGAGGGUGGCAAGGGUCUGAGGCGUCCCCACUGUACUGUGGAAGAGGGUGUUCAAAAAGAGGAAAGAGAGAAGUACCGAAGGUUACUGGAGCGACUCAAAGAAGGUGGUCAUGGGAACCCGGCCCCUCCUGCAGCUUCAAACCCUCACAGUUCUCAGAGAAGUCAGAUGGACAUGUUAAAGACCAGAGGCUGGGGGGAAGAACAGAAUCACGGAGUCAAAACAACUCGUUUUGUUCCCAAACAGUAUAGAGUUGUUGAAACAAGGGGACCUCUAUGCUCAGUGAGAAGUGAAAAGAGAUGUUCAAAGGGGAAAAUAUCUGAUACUGAGAAUACAGGUGGAAUCAGAGUUGAAAAUGAAGUUAGGAGGGGACAUCAGCUGGAACCUGACCUGUCCGAGGAAGUGUCAGCCCGACUCCGCCUGGGCAGUGGAAGCAAUGGCUUAUUCAGGAGCAAGACGUUAGUGCGUGAGACGAAAGAAAAGAAUUACUCAGGCAAAGAGAGAAGGACAGACGAUCUUCUUGAACUUACAGAGGACAUGGAAAAAGAAAUCAGUAAUGCCCUAGGCCACGGCUCGCAGGAUGAGAUCCUCAGUAGUGCUUUCAAAUUGCGAAUUACUCGUGGUGACAUCCAGACCUUGAGGAACUAUCACUGGCUCAAUGACGAAGUCAUUAACUUUUACAUGAAUCUUCUGGUGGAAAGAAAUAAAAAGCAAGGCUAUCCAGCACUCCACGCCUUUAGUACUUUCUUCUAUCCUAAGCUGAGGUCUGGGGGUUACCAGGCAGUGAAAAGAUGGACCAAGGGGGUCAAUCUCUUUGAACAAGAACUUAUUCUCGUGCCCAUUCAUCGGAAGGUCCACUGGAGUCUGGUGGUGAUAGACCUAAGGAAAAAGUGUCUUAAAUAUCUGGAUUCUAUGGGACAAAAGGGCCACAGGAUCUGUGAGAUUCUUCUUCAGUAUUUACAGGAUGAAAGUAAGACCAAGAGAAAUACUGAUGUGAAUCUUUCAGAAUGGACGCACUACAGCAUGAAGCCACACGAGAUUCCUCAACAGCUGAAUGGGAGUGAUUGCGGAAUGUUUACUUGUAAAUAUGCAGAUUAUAUCUCUAGAGACAAACCUAUCACAUUUACUCAGCACCAGAUGCCUGUCUUCCGGAAGAAGAUGGUGUGGGAGAUACUUCAUCAGCAGUUGCUGUGAGUGUGCCCGCCCGUCCCGCUGGCUGCUGGUGGUUCUUCCCGGAUGGUUUCAUAUACCUCAUGCCUUGUGGGCUGAAAACUCCCCGCACCGUCUCUGUUCUCUUCCAGGUACUGAGCUGUCGAAAGUGCAUGGCGGCCUCUGACCGCACCCCAGCCCUGACCUGGGGUGUGGAGGCCUGCUUGCAGCUCUGUUUGUGAGGGCUGUGCCUGCUCAGAGCUCUGGACUCUUCAACCCACACAAGAACAAACGCUAAGUCAUACUUUUUUUUGGAACAUGUUUUUUCCCGGUGAACGUGGGAAUGCAGGUUUUAUUCUGAUUGUUUUUUCCUGUGUGUGUCCGUGCGUAUUCAUCUGCUCACUCACCUGCAAACAGAAUGGGCAGUGGCCGUUUCCCCUGCUCUUUUAGAUAACUAACUCUAAGUUCCUUGUUUGAACUAUUUAUUUCUGAAAGGAAAGUUAAUCAAGCUACCACUCCCUGCUGAAGGUCAAGAGGGUAAUCCGUGGGAGGAGGAAGGAGGUGUUAAUUAACUUCUGUAACGCUGGAGCGGUGACUGCCACCUUGAAGCUGGAGAUCUUUUUUUUUGAGGCCUGAGCGUGCGGGGAGAGGUGCUCUGGCGUAGGGCCGGUUGCCUCUCGGAGGAGGCCUGACACUCCAGCAUUGGCCUGGUGUUGUGGAAAAGAGGAACUGUGGUCAAGGAACUCUGGCUCUCCAGCGUCUUCAGAAGAGUGUCACGGUCAUUCUAAAGAGACUUUCCUCUCUGGAAGUGAGGUGACUUGACUUUCUCUCAAAACUGGAUUUGAAGUAAUUAUAAACCCCAAAUCUUCACUCUCACCCCAGAUCUGGUCAAGCGGAAACCUCAGAAUUGUAAGGGCUGGGCCUGAGCUGUUUAUUUCAAAAGAUACUAUUCAAUCUAAAGCUAUUUUUCCUCAAAGUUUUUUUUCUAUAUAAAGCCAGAAUUAAGUUUUGUACUCAUUGGGAUUAACAGUCCCCUACCCUGCCCCCACUGAAAUUUGUGGAAGAAAAUUGAAUAGUUGGCUCUGAGGUUGCCAGUUACACAGUAAUCUAUUUUGCAUAAGAAAGUUUGUAUUUAACGUUUUUGUUCAUUAAGAACCUUACAGAUGUAGUUAUGCAUCUUGAAUUUCAGAAAGUUUUAGAGUUGGUCAGAACGUAUUUUCCAAGAUCUAGUGCCUAGUGUUGCUUUUUCGAUGUAAUAAAAGGUAGUCUGACAGAACCUGAGAAGUAUAUGCUGACGUGAUUUCUAACCCUGUCCCUACUUACACCUCCCAAACUUGGCCUGGUGCAUAAAAGCAGGAGGCGGAGCCAGAAAACGUUGGCCCAUGUUAGCGACGAAGCGACACGUCUGCCCUCGGAGGGCCCAGGCUGCGGGUCGCCGAGGCAUCCUGGGGGUAGCGCUGCCUGUGGUUUUCCCGAGACCUGUGGGAGUCUUGGUGCAGGACCAGGGCCUGUGAUACGCACUGACGGUGCUGUGUCCACCUGAUGGCCAGACCAGGGGCCACUUGAUGCCCUGAUGAGCGAGCUGGUGGUGCUGACUCUCCAGCCGAGGCUGCGCAGAGACGCCUUCCUGCUGCCCGAGCUGUGCCAGUGAGUCCUGGGGGCAGGAGCUGGCAGCCCGGGAUUCACCGGGCCUCAGCCUACUCAAGAGCCAGCUCCCACCCGGCCCCAGUGCACAACACCUGAGAAUUUAGUACCUUGAUUCCGAUUUGACCCCUGUUGGGUGAAUCCUGUCAGAAAUGGCAGCUUGUAUUCAAAUGAAGGGGUGCUGGGGGUUCUUUAGUAUUCGAGGGGCUGCUUAGGAGCAGCUUGCACUCAGCUUUCCAUUAAUGUGCCCCCUUCAGGACCAAACUGAAAUGGUAAGAGCAGAGUUAAGAUCUAGAGCGGCAUUCUCCCUUACCCUGAGUUUCAUACUGAGUAGGAUGUGCUGCAGGUCAUGUUUCUGUAGGCACUGACAUGUCUUCCUUGCUGCAGAGAAACUUGCUGGUAAUCACUUUUUUUUUUUAUUUCUACACAG